AUGGCAUCCCUCACCACCAUCGCCAUCAUCACGCUUCUGGUCCCACUCGUCACUUUCUUCCUCAUUCCGGCUGCAGUGGGCUAUAUCCUUAAACUCGCUCUCCGCAGCCUAGGCUGGUCCUUGAAGAAUAAAACCAAUGCACGCAGGGAAUUGAUUCUGUCGCAAGUGCGCAUUGAGGAAGAGCGUUAUCUAGAGGCUGCUAAAUCGGCGGCAUCGUCUUCGGCAGGUCCGGAAGAUGAUGAUUGGGAGAAGGUGGAUGGCACUGUGCCGAGUGUCGCUGGGAAUGGGAAGCCGAUAGGCGAGGACUGGGAGGGGAUUAUGGGGUUCUUUCAUCCGUUCUGUAACGCCGGAGGUGGUGGUGAACGUGUCCUCUGGGCUGCAGUAAAAGCCACGCAGGAACGAUGGCCGAAGGCCGUAUGCGCCAUAUAUACUGGCGACCAUGAAGUCACCAAAGCAGCCAUGCUCGAAAGGGUUGAGACCCGCUUCAAUAUCAAAUUACACGCCCCAACAGUAGUCUUACUCUAUCUCUCUACACGCAAAUACGUCCAGAGCAGCAUGUACCCCCACUUCACCCUCCUAGGUCAAUCUCUAGGCUCUUUGAUCGUGGCCUUUGACGCCUUCAAUCUUCUGGUGCCUGACAUUUUCAUCGACACCAUCGGCUACGCUUUUACCAUUGCACUCUCAAAAUACCUUUUUCCAUCAGUGCCGACUGGGGCCUAUGUGCACUACCCCACUAUAUCCACCGAUAUGCUAACCUCCCUUGAUGACAACACGGGGAUCAAAGGCCUCAAUUCCGGUGCUGGGACUGGAUGGAAGGGUAUGGCCAAAAAGCAAUAUUGGCGCCUCUUUGCCCGUCUGUACGGCUGGGUGGGCAGUAAAGCGGACGUUGUCAUGACAAACUCAUCCUGGACAUCGGCUCAUAUCAACUCCCUCUGGGGCCCAGCACGCCGCAACAAGAAAUUGGCUUGCAAAGAUGCGUCGGUCGUGUUUCCGCCAACAGCCGUCUCGGAUAUCAAGUCUGCUAUUGACGUGAACGACUCAACUGAAGCAAGCCGUGAGCCUAGUAUACUAUACAUUGCACAAUUCCGCCCAGAGAAGAACCACGCGCUCAUCCUCCGCGCCUUCGCACGCUUCAUCCACAACCGCAAGAAAUCACCAUCAUCAGCGACAGAGCCAAAACUGAUUCUGAUAGGCUCAGUGCGCCACUCCAGCCACGACGAAACGCACAUUUACCACCUCCGCCUCCUAGCGCACGAACUCCAAAUCCGCGACCAAACGACUUUCAUCUGCGACGCAAGCUGGCCGACCAUCCUAUCGCACCUCCGCACGUCAUCCAUAGGCACAAACGCAAUGUGGAAUGAACACUUCGGCAUCGGCGUAGUCGAGUACCAAGCCGCCGGCCUGAUUAGCGUAGUGCACGACUCGGGCGGUCCGCGAGAAGAUAUCGUCAUCAAUCUAGAUGGAAAGGGGGAAACGGGGUUCAGAGCGUCGACAGAAGAGGAAUUCGCGGCUGGGUUUGAGGAUGCGUUGUCGCUGCCGGCGGCGGAGAAAGUGGGCAUGAGAUUGAGGGCGAGGGAGUCGGCGAUGAGGUUCACGGAAGAGGAGUUUGCGAGAAAAUGGAUUGCGGAGGUUGGGAAGUUGGUUGACCUUCGACGGAGGAAGUAG